AUGGCUCUUUAUUGUGCAAUAUCUAAUGAAGUGCCAGAGGUUCCCGUCGUGUCCCCUUCGUCAGGAUCAGUCUUCGAAAAGCGAAUAAUAGAGAAGUACAUUAUUGAAAAUGGGGUAGACCCGAUUAGCGGUAAAGAACUAAGAGUUGAAGACUUGAUUGAAAUAAAGACUCCAGCCAUAGUGAAGCCCAAGCCCCCGAGUGCCACAUCCAUUCCCGCCACCCUCAAGAGUAUGCAGGACGAGUGGGAUGCACUCAUGCUGCACACCUUCACUCAGAGACAACAACUACAGACGGCCCGACAGGAGCUGAGUCACGCCUUGUACCAGCACGACGCAGCCUGUCGUGUCAUCGCUCGCCUCACCAAGGAGGUGACGGCUGCCCGGGAGGCCCUCGCCACACUCAAACCACAGGCCGGGCUCGCCGCGCCGCAACCUGCUCAUCAAGUGGAGGCGGCUGCAGCGGGCGCGGCGGCGGUGGGCAUGUCCCCGGAGGUGGUGUCUCGUCUCCAGGACCGCGCCACCGCCCUCACACAGGAACGCAAGCGACGAGGACGAACGGUUCCCGAGGGACUUGUGGGACCAGACACCAUACGCUCCUUCGUCACGCUCGCCUCACAUCCUGGUCUCCACUCGGCCAGCGUGCCCGGCAUUCUGGCCCUGGACAUCAACCCGUCGGACCACAGCCGCAUCUUGACGGGCGGCAACGACAGGAACGCGACCGUGUUCAACAAGGACACGGAGCAGGUGGUGGCCAUCCUCAAGGGACACACCAAGAAGGUGACGCGCGUCAUCUACCACCCCGACGAGGACACCGUCAUCACCGCCUCGCCCGACCACACCAUCCGCGUGUGGAACGUGCCCACGUCGCAGACGACGGUGCUGCUGCGGUCUCACGAGGGUCCGGUCACCGGGCUGUCCCUGCACCCCACCGGGGACUAUGUGUUGUCCACCUCCACCGACCAGCACUGGGCCUUCUCAGACAUCCGCACUGGACAACUGCUUACUAAGGUGAGUGAUGCAUCCGGAGUGAGCCUGACGACCGCGCAGUUCCACCCUGACGGUCUGAUCUUCGGUACCGGCACGGAGAACUCUCAGGUGAAGAUCUGGGACCUCAAGGAGCAGAGCAACGUGGCCAACUUCCCCGGACACGUGGGCCCCGUCACCUCCAUCUCGUUCUCCGAGAACGGCUAUUACCUGGCGACGGCGGCCGAGGACGCGUGCGUCAAGCUGUGGGACCUGCGCAAGCUGAAGAACUUCAAGAGCAUCCAGCUGGACGAGGGCUACGUGAUCCGCGAGCUGCGCUUCGACCAGAGCGGCACGUACCUGGGCGUGGCGGGGUCGGACGUGCGCGUGUUCCUGUGCCGCCAGUGGCAGGAGCUGCGCGUGCUGGCCGACCACACGGCCGCCGCCACCGGCCUGCGCUUCGGACGGGACGCCGCCUACCUCGCCUCCACCUCCAUGGACCGCACGCUCAAGAUAUAUGGCCUGCAGUGA